AUGGAGAACGUGCACGAUGCUCAGGCGUUAGCCUAUCAAGCAGCGUGGACAACAGCAGACGCACCACGGAUGACACUACAACUUCCAACACAACCGGCUGAAAAAGAAGAGAAAGACGUUCAACCACUUGCGCGCAUGUCGAUAGAGGACCUAUAUUCAGUGAAAGUGGAGUCCGAGCUGCCACAUGCUUUUCGACAAUCGGUAGUUAUCGAAGCACCACAGCCAACGGUUGACGUUCGCACCAACUAUUCCCUGAUAUCCGGUUAUGCUCCACCUCCACUGGAAACUCUUACACCAUAUACGGUAGACAGUAUUGCCGGAAUGGGAAUACCGUCCUAUACUAAUAACUACAAUAUCUACAGCUAUCCACAGCCAAACUUAAACUUCACACCAUCUCAAUCAUCGUCGACCAAUGGCAAUCUUAUUUUUCAUCCUUAUCCGGCAACCACUACACAGUACAUCGACACAACGAACACCUUUGAUCUCAAUCAGCACUACUUCGCACCUGUACCAUCACUUGAGUGUCUAAAAUGUGGAGAAUCAUGCGGUGAUAAUCAUCCGAUAACUGGCGGAUAUGUUUGCGCUAACUGCUUUAUUGGGAUGGACAAACCCACAUAUCCUUUGUACGCACCAACCUCUCUAGAAACGAGGCACAGCGUUGACGUUUUGCCGACAUCGAAGGCUAGAGCCAGUUCGUCACAUAAGAAGCCCUCAACUACCCAAAACACUCAACGAAGGCAAGGACUGGUAUGUUCAAAUUGUGGUGGAACUAACACGACAUUGUGGAGAAGAAAUGCUGAAGGGGAGCCUGUGUGCAACGCAUGUGGAUUGUACUACAAGCUUCACAAUGUCCAACGACCUCCGACGAUGAAGAAAGAAGGUCAACUUCAAACGAGAAAAAGGAAGGCAAAAUCGGACAGCGUUACUGGGAGUAAAAAACGAGAUCGCUCCAGUAACUAUACACAGUCUACUCAAGCGAUCUCUGAACGAGGUACAACUUCAUAUCAAUCAACGUUUGGUUCCAUUGGCUUCUCUAAUCAAAUGGAUACCACAUAUUCUCAAAUGAACGGCGCAGAUCCGAGUCAUUCGUCCGCUUUUCACUCAACUUACCCCUCACCCUAUCCGCCUCCAAUCUCAAAAAUCUCCGAGGUUUACCAAGCUGCAAUUUUUGAACGUCAAAGGCAAUGUUGA